AGUGGCUGUUCCAGCGAUCCCUGUGUUAAUGGUGCAACUUGUGUACCAAGUUAUGAGAGCAAUGAACAUCAUUGCGCGUGCGCUGCGGGAUACAGUGGACAAAGUUGUGAAAUAGGUAUUUGGCUUUAAAACGUUUGUGAAUCUUUUUGCACCAUAGAUGAACCCAUUUACAAACAUUUACACGUUCAUGUAAAACUACCAUUUUUUUACCACUCGUGACGCAAUCACUUUCAGCAAUAGGUCAAAUAUGAUAAUGAGGAUAAGACAAGUUCUAAACAGGACCCAUGGGAAUUCCGCUCGAUUUCCUACAGGUUAUCGUUCUAAAAAUCCGGGCAAAAAUACUUCUACGAUCUUAAAAGGCUAAGUAUUGAAGAAGUGGUGCGCUUGGCCUUGUCAAAGGGAUGUUUUUGUCCAUCGUUUCAUUGAGAAAUACCAGUGCUUCAGCGCUUAAGAAGGAAGACGACAGUGUUUGUACUUUCGUUUGUCAGGGUUGAUUAUCAAUAGAUUCAAUUCCCGCUUAGGGCCAUCUUCUUACAUGUACACAGCGAACAAUUGUCCCCCGGGUAAUGUGCAUAAAAGAUCAGGACUUGAAACUCUUAAUUUAUUUAAACUAUAUUGAAAGCAAAACCCUAUUUAGCAGAUUGAGGGCAAAAAAAAAAAAACAAAAGAAAACACAAUCAUCGACACGCUUUUUACUUCUGCAUAUACAUUAAUUAAGUAUUACUGAUGUUCUUUGGUUUACGUAUUUACUUUCAAGAUAUCGAUGAGUGUUCCAGUAAUCCCUGUUUGAAUGGCGGAUCUUGUGUUGAUCAUGUGAAUGGAUACACUUGUAGCUGCCUGGUUGGCUACACUGGAGUCCAUUGUCAGACAGGUACACGAAUAAUUUGAAAGCUGGAAAUUACAUAUUUCUACCUUACACAGGUUCCCUCAUCGUACCGGGCUGUCGCAACGUUUACAUUUACUACCAUACAUAAUAUUGUGUACUAUAUUUCAAUCAACCAGGCUUCAAUCAGAAGAGAGAACACUACAGUUUUUAUGAUAAUGAAAAUCAAUCUUCGUCGACAUCGUCAUCGCCACCAUCAUAAUCGUUAUCUUUAUCACCGCCACCAAAUUCACCACCACCAUAUAACUAGGAAGAAUUAGCCAAGAGAACGCAAAGACAGUGAAGGAGGCAGGCGCAGAUCUAAAAACCGACCGACCUCGUUCCAAGGGCUUUUCCUUAAAAAAAUGGGUGGGCCAUUUUUUAAGGCAAAACCCGUGGGGACGAGGUUGAAAACCGACUUGACCAUUAGCAAAACGGCACGUUGCACACCAUAGGUGGCGUUUAGACCUUUGCGUAACCUUGCGCGUCCCCAGUUGACGUUGCGUUGUCUUUGUAAAAUCUGCCUGUCAUUAUCAGCAGGACCAGCAUUGUUUACCGCGUCCUAUCUCCAUGAUUCUCGUCCAGUCACACCACCCUGUCGAGUACAUUGUUAGUGCUGACUACCAAUUUCCUACCAUAGUGUAGCUAAUGCCACUAUACCGUGCCUCUCUCAGGACAGCUUUCAUCCAGCAUCGCCACAGCCCCAGCCCUUACACUUUCAUGUCUGUCCGUCAAUCGUAACUUCCAUGCUAAUACUAUCUGGAUCUCCAAACCUACUGCCUGGGUCCAGAAUGAGCUUUAAGUGUCCGAACCUGGUUUCCUUCUCUUGGAUGGUUGCCAGGGCUACGAAGUGUUCCAUCCGCCCGAGUUUGGGAUCAACGACUCCGAAAUCCUAUAAAUGCUGGACUUUUGGGCUUGAAUCCCCAUCCCGGAGUAAAAACUUUAACGCAAAGGUUUUAGAGCUCCCAAAAGCAUCCCUAUUAAUUAAAAUAGUUGCCCCGCCACAUGCAUGCUUCUGGUAUGAGCUUAAAUAGGUGAUUCGGGACACUUUCAACAAAAAAGAUAUAACCCGAAAGACGGAUGCUCAUCGUCAAACCUCGCCUGUGCUCCUUAAGUAGUAAAGUGGGGACCUCUUAGAUAGGACUUGAAACUCUUAAUUUAUUCAAAGUAUGUUGAAAGCCAACCCUGAUUUAGCAGAUUGAGGACGAGAAAAAAAAAGAAUCAUCGGCACGAUUUUUACUUGUGUAUAUGCAUUAAUUAAAUAUUACUGAUGUUUUUUGGUUUAUUUAUUUGCUUUGAAGAUAUCGAUGAGUGUUCCAGUAAUCCCUGUUUGAAUGGCGGAUCUUGUAUUGAUCACAUGAAUGGAUACACUUGUAGCUGCCUGGUUGGCUACACUGGAGUCCAUUGUCAGACAGGUACACGAAUGAUUUGAAAGCUGGGAAUUACAUAUUUCUACCUUACACAGGCUACCUCAUCUUACCGACCUGGUGCAACGUUUACAUUUACUACCAUACAUAAUAUUAUGUACUAUCUUUCAAUCAACCGGUCUUCGAUCAGAAGAAAGAACACUGUAGUUGUUAUGAUUUGAAAAUCAUCUUCUUCAUCAUUAAUGCUAUCAUCAUCAUCAUAAUCAUCAUCAUCAUCAUCAUCAUCAUCAUCAUCAUCAUCAUCAUCAUCAUCAUCAUCAUCAUCAUCGUCAUCAUCAUUGUUAUCAUCAUCAUCGUUAUCUUUAUCGUCACUACCGCUAUCAAAGCGACCACCACCAUUAUUGGGCAGAAUUAGCGAAGAAAACGCAAAGACAGUGAACAAGGCAGGCGCAGAUCUAAAAACCGACUUGACCAAUAGCAAAGUAUCACGUUGAACACCGUAGGUUGUGUUUAGAUCUUUCCACAACCUUGCGCGUCCCCAGUUGACGUUUCGUUUUCUUUGCUAAAUCUGCCUGUCAUCAUCAGCAGGAUCAGCAUUGUUAUCCGCGUCCUCUCUCCAUGAUUCUCCUCCAGUCACACCACCCUGUCGAGUACAAUGUUAGUACUGACUACCAAUUUUCUACCAUAGUGCAGGAAGUGGCACUAUACCGUGCCUUUCUCAGGGCAGCUUUCAUCCAGCACCGCUUCAGCCCCAGCCCUUACACUUUCAUGUCUGUCCGUCAAUCGUAACUUCCAUGCUAAUAUUAUCUGGAUCUCUAAACCUACUGCCUGGGUCCAGAAUGCGCUUUCAGUGUCCGAACCUGAAGGUUUCAUGGGUUUCUUUUCAUGGUUUCCUUCUCUUGGAUAGUUGCCAGGGCUACGAAGUGUUCCAUCCACCCGAGUUUGGGAUCAACGACUUCGAAAUUCUAUAGAUGCUGGACUUUUGGGCUUGAAUCCCCAUCCCGGAGCAAAACCUUUAACGCAAAGGUUUUAGGGCCCCCAGAAGCAUCCCUAUUACUUAAAAUAGUUGCCCCGCCACAUGCAUGCUUCUGGUAGGGGCUUAAGUAGGUGAUUCGGGACACUUUCAACAAAAAGAUAUAACCCGAAAGACGGAUGCUCAUCGUCAAACCUCACAUCUGCUCCUUAAGUAGUAUAGUGGGGACCUCUUAGAUAGGACUUGAAACUCUUAAUUUAUUUAAAGUAUGUUGAAAACAAACCCCUAUUUAGCAGAUUGAGGACGAAAAAAAAGAAUCAUCGGCACGCUUUUUACUUGUGUAUAUACAUUAAUUAAGUAUUACUGAUGUUUUCUGGUUUAUUUAUUUGCUUUCAAGAUAUCGAUGAGUGUUCCAGUAAUCCCUGUUUGAAUGGCGGAUCUUGUAUUGAUCACGUGAAUGGAUACACUUGUAGCUGCCUGGUUGGCUACACUGGAGUCCAUUGUCAGACAGGUACACGAAUGAUUUGAAAGCUGGGAAUUACAUAUUUCUACCUCACACAGGUUACCUCAUCUUACCGACCUGGCGCAACGUUUACAUUUACUACCAUGCAUAAUAUUAUGUACUAUCUUUCAAUCAACAAGUCUUCGAUCAGAAGAAAGAACACUGUAGUUAUUAUGAUUUGAAAAUCAUCUUCUUUAUCAUCAAAGCUAUCAUCAUCAUAAUCAUCAUCAUCAUCAUCAUCAUCAUCAUUGUCAUCAUCAUCAUCGUUAUCUUUAUCGUCACUACCGCUAUCAAAGCGACCACCACCAUUUUUGGGCAGAAUUAGCGAAGAAAACGCAAAGACAGUGAACAAGGCAGGCGCACAUCAAAAAACCGAUUUGACCAAUAGCAAAGCGUCACGUUGAACACCGUAGGUCGCGUUUAGAUCUUUGCGCAACCUUGCGCGUCCCCAGUUGACGUUUCGUUUUCUUUGCUAAAUCUGCCUGUCAUCAUCAGCAGGAUCAGCAUUGUUAUCCGCGUCCUAUCUCCAUGAUUCUCGUCCAUUCACAUCACCCUGUCAAGUACAAUGUUAGAACUGACUACCACUUUCCUACCAUAGUGCAGGAAGUGGCACUAUACCGUACCUCUCUCAAGGCAGCUUUCAUCCAGCAUCUCCACAGCCCCAGCCCUUACACUUUCAUGUCUGUCCGUCAAUCGUAACUUUCAUGCUAAUAUUAUCUGGAUCUCUAAACCUACUGCCUGGGUCCAGAAUGCUCUUUCAGUGUCCGAACCUGAACGUUUCAUGGGUUUCUGUUCACGGUUUCCUUCUCUUGGAUAGUUGCCAGGGAUAGUGUUCCAUCCACCUCGGUUUGGGAUCAACGACUUCGAAAUCCUAUAAAUGCUGGAUUUUUGGGCUUGAAUCCCCAUCCCUGAGUAAAACCUUUAACGCAAAGGUUUUAGAGCUCCCAAAAGCAUCCCUAUUAUUUAAAAUAGUUGCCCCGCCACAUGCAUGCUUCUGGUAGGGGCUUAAGUAGGUGAUUCGAGACACUUUCAAUACGAAAGGUAUAACCCCAAAAGAUGGAUGCUCAACUUCACACCUAUCCUCUGCUCCUUGAGUAGUAUAGUGGGGACCUCUUAGACCCCUUUUUUUGAUUUGAUAAUCCGUUAACGCCGAUGGCUUGAAGAGUAGGCAUUUUAUUAAGACUACGUCGCCAGGUUUCCUUUUUUAUUUUGUUCUAAAUGUAACUCACCUGAGAGGUUUUUAAAGUUAUUUUUUGAUAGCUGAAUCGCUCCGUUUUUGAUUAGUUGACCAAAAUUUAUAAAAGCUUUCAUUGGCUGAUUCAUUUUGACCAAGGAAUAAGCUUCAAAUUGCAAGUCACAUUUUUGCAAAUGAUAAAUCUGUUUCUAUAUUUUCCUUUCUUUUGUAUUGAGCUCCAUGUUUUACACUGAAAGCAAAGUAAGACAUUUUUUAUUUUUUUAGAUAUCAAUGAAUGCUACAGCAAUCCAUGCUUGAAUGGUGGGACGUGCGUCGAUGGUGUGAACUCGUUUCACUGCAAUUGCAUUGCAUACUUUAUUGGAGCACGCUGCGAGACGAUAGGUUGGUUUGCUUUUCGUAACGUUGCUAUAAAAACAUCUGUUUUAGAGAAGAGAAGUGAUGACGUCACAAAAACUAAAUUUGUGACAUUAAGGGUUUAGUUGGCAUAUCCAAAAAGAAUAAGAUGAGAAAUGUUCACUUGUCAAAAAUCAGCCUGUUCGCUUAUUGAUGCAAAUUUGUGAGGAGAUACAGGCAACGUUAUGCUCCGAUGACACCAUAUAAAUCCCUCUAAUAUAGGACUGGAUCGUUAACGAUAAGAUCCAAUCCAGUUUUAGAAGGAUUUGUAUGCAGUCAUCAUAGCAUAGCAGUACUUAUAUCUAACAACCCAUCUGCACUAACAGGCUGAUUUUUGGCAAGGGGGGCUUUUUUCAUCUUGUUCUUUCUGAAUAUGCUAACCAAUCCCCAAAUUUCACAAAUUUAAAAUUUUUCUGACGUCACACCUCCCUUCUCUAUUUACUGGCCAUUCUUGAGAACAAAACUGGGUUGAUGUUGUGUUCAACCGCAUCAUGGGGGUACGAGUUUUUUACGUGUUUCGUGUGCAAUAAUGAUGAAAGAAGCGAUAUAGCGUCAUCAAAGCAGUCCCAGAGUGCAGUUUGACACACCAACCUAGUCUCCUGCAGAAGAGCAAAUACUCUCCCCAUGCUCUCGGUAAGGUCCGUCGUGCGGAAGAAAUCAAUGAAAAAUGGCUUAACUUGGGAUCAAAAUUACUAGUUAUCAUAUGACGGUCACCCAUGUUCAAGAUAAUAGAUGAUCACACUAAGAAACCUUUAGAGCCUUAAUCUAAACUUUUUGAACGAGAAAAGAAAGAAGAAGAAAUGAGGAAAGGCCGAGCAGCCGAAAAGGGUGAAACUGGUUUAAUUCUCUACAGAUCCUAAAAUCGUUACCAAGUAACAUCUUCCCUUUGAGGCCGCAAAGAAGUCAAUGGCCCAAAAAUGGUAGAAGCGCUAGCGGAGCUUGAAUGAAAGCAGAGCCAAGAAAAAGAAGUGCAGAUACGUUUUGUAACAAAAUUAAGCAGCUGCACUGGACGAGGAUGGGGAGUUGUUAUACUGAUGUUAUUCGAUUCAGCCCGGCACUGAGGCUUAUGAUUUUAUUUCAGUGCUUGAACUUGAGUGGAGGCUUACAAGAGACAGGAGGUUAAAUGUCUACAAAGUUUACCAAAUUUUACACAAAUGGGUGUGAAAAGCUUAUGGGAGUGAAAAACUGAAUUACAAACUGUUGCGUCAUUUUUGGAGGACCAUGCAGAUACAUGAAGUAUAAGCAAAAGCUCAACCUCGUGUCCCUCUUUUCCUCGUGUCCUAGUCUCCUAGAGCGGGGAAGAAAGAGGAAGGGGGUGGGGGGCAAACUAGAGACCUUACGAAAGAGUUUGUGAUUCAGGAUUUAGUCAGUUAUUUCACCUACAAAUUAAACAUUUUCUCAUCCCCAUUCACAGUCUCAAUAGGGGUUGUGAUAGCUUGCGAACUCAGACUUAUUUCCAAUCGUCACUUCUCUUCAUCCUAAAAGUAAACUGGAUAGGGAGAAACGCCCCACAACUGAAAAUACGUCUGGGUUCGCAGGCUAGGGGUGGUACUUAUAUUUGGCGCUUCAUACUGGAAGCUUAUUACAGACUGGGGCUGAAUAGAGGAAACACGGUGCUUUUUUUAUUCUCUAGAUGUUCCAGAACCAAUCGCCCUUUAUCCGUUAAACGCUGCGUACACUUCAAGCGACAUGAUGGGAAAUCAGCCAGCUGGAACUUCCUCAAAUGUACAGUACGCAGGAGGACCGGAUGGGACCUCUCAAGGCUCGUACCAGUUCUGGGGUAAUUCUAACAGCUACAUUGAACUACCAAAUAAUGGAGGCUUAGAUACCCAGUAUUCCAUGACAAUGUGUAUGUGGGUAUUUCCAGAAGGUCAAGAUGGUCCUCUAUUUAACUACAGACCGUCGGGAAGUUGGGCAACGCACUUGUUUUUAGCUGGAGAUGGAAAGUUUUUUUGUCGUUUUACCAAGAGAAAUGAUGUUAUGAUGGACGCUUUGGUUAGCCCGUCAGCUCUUAACACGGGCCAAUGGUCGUAUGUGGGCUGCUCGUAUGAUUAUAGCACUGGUUUAGCUAGGGCCUGGGUUGGGGAGAGAGAGGUUAGCACGAGGUAUCUUGAAAUUACGUCUUUGAGUACCGCUUAUAACGUAAGACUCGGAGUGAAAAUCGACGACAGCCGAUACUUUAGGGGACGAAUCGCAAGGGUGCAAGUUUACAACAUUGCUCUUAAUUUGGGUCAAUUUACAGCUGUGAAGUUCAGAGGGGCAAGCUAA